UGCUAACCACUACGCCAUCAUGCCGCCUUGUUAAAAGUUUGUUCUUGUUAAAAAGUAUUUGUUAAAAUUUCUGCAAUUUAGUUUCAAGAACUGUAAUUGUUUAUGUAAACGCAUUAAUCUCUGCACCACUAGUUAGUUUUUUUCUGCUUUCCUCAGACAAUGAAGAUGGGGGUCACUGGCGCAGUGUUCUGUGUCUUGAUGCUUUUGUGAGUAUUUGAAUGAAUGUACUUGUAUAUGAUCUGGCUAAUUAAAAAGAAAACUACAGCAAUGGAAAUAAGAUUUUAUAUUUAUUUUCAAUACUGAUCAUCACUAUGACUCUAAAAUAAAUAUACAGCACACUCAAACUUUGUUGGUAAUGUGUCAAACAUUGCUGUCUGAUAUUCUGACUUUGUUCCACAGGCUGCACAAGAGCUUUCAACAACAAGCGUUUAAUGAUAAAGCAACACUCAAUCUUCCUCCUAGUUAUAGAGUCGGCUGGAUGGAAACUCUGGAUGAUGAAAAGUUGAUUUCUGAAGUCAAUAUUCCUGGCACUCAUGAAACCAUGGCUCUUCUUAAAAUACCAGGAUCACAAUGUCAGUCGUGGUCACUGGAGAACCAGCUAAAGGCUGGCAUACGCUACAUAGACUUGAGAGUGAAGGGAAAGAACCUGAAAAUUGUGCAUGGUUGGAUUCCCCAGUUAACAACAUUUGCUGAAGUUUUCGACACAACAAAGAGAUUUUUGUCUCAGUAUGAAACUGAGACGGUGUUGAUCAGAGUCAAGCAUGUUAAGUCAAGGGGCAGAUUUCCAGAAAAUGUUAUACAUCAGCUUAAAAAUGAUCCUGGCUGUUGGGUUAGUGAGAGAAUUCCACAAAUUAGAGAGGUAAGAGGAAAGAUUGUUUUUGUUCAGAAAAACAGCUUUAAACUGGGAAUCCCUCUGCUUGAAACUGAUCAAAAGGGUGACUAUAAAGUAUUUAGAAUAAAAAAAAAGGAAGAUAAAAUUACUGAGCAUCUGAAACAGGCUUUAGGUGCACUUAAAACUAAUAGGGCUGUGCUGAGCUAUUCCAGCGGCACAGGCUUGCCUCUGUUGAUCAUAUGGAACACUCCAAACCAUGUGGCAAAAGAAAUCAACCCUUGGCUGUAUGGUCAUCUCAGUGGCAUUUCUAAACAAAAUCCGAAGGGUUGUUUUGGGAUUAUAGCGAUGGACUUUCCAGGAUUUGAUUUGAUACAAAAAAUCAUUGGUUUUAAUUAUUAGAUUGCAGUGCAUGUUUAUUGGGCAUUUAGUAAGACAGACGUAUGUAUUUUCUGUUAUGUCAAUGUUACGCAGUGUAAUUAUUGCCUUGUUUUUUGAUUUCUGAUUCUGCAAUCUCUUUUUUUUUUCCAACAGGUUUUAACUUUGUAAUCAACAGCAGCUUAAUUUGAAAGAAAUCGAAGGGGGGUGGGAAAGAAAUAAAAAUGUAUUUACUCUUGUUUUUUAUUAAAGCUAAAAACAACUGUACUGUAUAUCUUCAAGGUCAUCCAUGUUGCAUGUUCAUAUUUGUUUUGUUGUCUAAAUCUGUUUUUAAAUUUUGUUUAAUUAGCCUCUUUUCUUUAAUUAGCCAAAUUACCAUAACCUAAAAUUACCAGAAAAAAAGUGUGAAAUGUGACAAAAAUAAUUUGAAAAGACCAACUAUAUGCAGAUAAACUGACGGUUCAAGGAAUGCUUGUAUUUGAUUUUGGGUAUCCCUAUAUUUUAAACUGAUAAUUAAAUUAAAUUCAAUUCAAUUCAUGUUUAUUUCGCUUGUGCUUUUUACAAUGUA